UUGUAGUGAACACUCAAAUUAAAAGGAAAGUAGUCUCGUAACCUCGGCUACAUAUCUGUAGCUAGCUCCCCCAGCUCGAGCUGUUGAAAUCAGGAUACCGUUAGCUAAACAGCUAACGCUAGCUCGCUAACUCGCUGACGGUCACCGCUCUCGUAACCGUAGUAACGCUAAAAGUGGGCAGUUGAUAAUUAAGUACGCGAAUCUGUUGGCAGGGUAACCGCCGGGUGUUGCUAGCCGCCGUCGUUUGAGGUCACCGCUGCUCGCCGGUUAGCCCCUGAAUGAUUCAGCCAGUCCAGGGUGAAACGGUUUGUUUUUGUCCCCGACUUGGGUCUGAUGGUGGUGGUGUUGGAUCUGUUUUCGCCUUCCUCGGGAGUCCAACCUUGACCAGAGCUUGCGUAGACACACGCCGCUACGUUCACGUCACGACCACGCGUCGGUUGGAGGGGUUUUUGUCGCGAGGUCCGUUAAUUGAUUUCCCAAAAAUACCCCCAUCUACUGUGUGUGUGUGUGUGUGUGCGUGAGUGAGUGAGUCCACUGUUUUUGUCUUUCACGAAUAAAAUGUCAACAAAACGUCAUUUGCGUCACUUCCGGGUUUUUUCACCGGCGUCAUUUCCGGGUGUGAAUUGUAGUUUUUUCCUUUUUCCCUGACAACAAGUCGGCUUUACGUCGAGUCGUCUCAUGACUGUGUUGCACAAAUCGCUUAGAAUUCGUCCCUUUUGUCGUCUGUUGUGAAGCAAAGCACCACUUUGUUGUCACAAACAACUAUUUACAAUUUUUUUUUUUAAAGUCCUUCUGCAGCCGCAGAAAUGCACUCUGGGUCAGCGUCAACAUGGCAGCCUACAUGGUGCCCGUGGAUUACUGUCGGAGCUCAACGUCCUAUUGAAACACAAACGAGCUAGUUAUCGUUUCAAUAAGCCUCAGACAUGUUUCCGUUCCUCUGCUGCCGAGCGAGCAUCUCUGCCCCGGUGCGCUCAUUGUCGUUACGCACGCGGUGCAAUAAAACGGCAGACGUCUGGAAACUUUCACGGUGGUACACAUCUCCAGCAUACAGCUCCACGCAGCAGCCCGGAAAUGCCGUCAGCCGCAUUUGGAGCCUCACUCGGAGAGCUGCCCGCCGGCCCGCCGCCCGAACAUCCAAACCCCCGGGAGCGGCCCUGAAGUUCAUCCUGGGCCCGGCGGUGCUCACCGUCUCUGCACGACUGUACUGCCACGUAGCUCACUGCGAGGCAGAUGUGAAUAACAACAUCCCGCCGGGAGUCACGGCCAAAAACCCCGAGCCCGGGUUCAAGUGGCACAUCCUGUGGGAAUUUGUCAAACCUCAGCUUUUUGCUCUCAUCGGCGCCGUCGUGCUUGCUUUUGGUGCGGCUCUCUUGAAUAUUCAAAUCCCAUUGAUGCUUGGGAGUCUGGUGAAUGUCGUGGCCCGUUACUUGAGAGAGCAGACGGGGAGUUACGUCCACGAGAUAAGAGGCCCGGCGCUGAAAUUACUCGGACUGUAUGGCAUCCAAGGCCUGCUGACGAGUGGCUACAUCAUCCUGCUUUCAAGGGUGGGGGAGAGAGUGGCGGCCGACAUGAGGAAGACUCUCUUCGCGUCCUUACUGAGGCAAGAUGUGGCUUUCUUCGAUGCCAAUAAAACAGGUCACCUUGUGAAUCGUCUGACUGCUGACAUUCAGGAGUUCAAGUCAUCCUUUAAAUUGGUCAUCUCUCAGGGUCUGCGGAGUAUUACGCAGACAUUUGGAUGUUUGGUCUCUCUGUACGUCAUCUCCCCCAAACUCACAGGCUUGACGGUAGUCGUCCUCCCCUGUCUCGUGGGAGCCGGCGCGCUCAUCGGCACAUUCCUCCGCAAACUAUCCCGCUUGGCUCAAGAACAGGUGUCAAAAGCAACAGGAGUGGCAGACGAGGCGCUCGGCAAUGUGCGGACCGUGAAAGCUUUUGCCAUGGAGGAGCGGGAGCUCCAGUUAUAUGCAUAUGAAGUUGACAAAUCGUGUGAUAUGAAUGAAAAUCUUGGUUCUGGAAUUGCAGUUUUCCAGGGACUGUCAAACAUUGCCCUAAACUGCAUUGUCCUUGGAACAAUCUUUGCUGGAGGGACUUUAAUUUCUAACAAUGAAAUGUCCCCUGGAGACCUCAUGUCUUUCCUGGUCGCCUCCCAGACUGUUCAGAGGUCAUUGGCCAGUAUCUCUGUCCUUUUUGGACAGAUGGUGAGAGGAUUAAGCUCCGGGGCCCGGGUCUUUGAAUACCUAUCUCUGGUGCCUACUAUUCCUCUGGCGGGCGGAGGACGCAUCCCGUACAGUUCUCUGACAGGAAGAGUGGAUUUCAUGGACAUUUCAUUCAGCUAUCCAACAAGACCCGGCCAUCAGAUCUUGAAGAAGUUCAACUUAACGCUGCCAACUUGUAAAACUGUUGCCAUUGUUGGAGAAUCUGGAGGAGGAAAGUCCACUGUGGCAUCCUUGCUGGAGCGUUUCUACGACCCGACCAGCGGCGCCGUCUUGCUGGACGGACUUGACAUUCGAACACUCGAUCUGUCCUGGCUCAGGGGACAAGUCAUUGGAUUUAUCAAUCAGGAGCCGGUUUUGUUUGGCUCAUCCAUCACGGACAACAUCCGCUUUGGGAAACCCGAGGCCACAGAUGCCGAGGUCAUUAACGCGGCCAAGCAAGCCAACGCUCACGGCUUCAUCACUGGUUUCCCAGAUGGCUACAACACUGUGGUUGGUGAGCGAGGCGCGACGUUAUCAGGCGGCCAGAAACAGCGCAUUGCCAUCGCCCGCGCCUUGAUCAAGAACCCCCGCAUCCUGGUGCUGGAUGAAGCCACCAGCGCCCUGGAUGCCGAAUCAGAGCGAGUGGUGCAGGAGGCUCUGGACCGGGCAACAAGCGGGCGCACCGUGCUCAUCAUCGCCCACCGGCUGAGCACCAUUCAAGGGGCGGACCUCAUCUGUGUCAUGAGCAAUGGCCGCAUUGUGGAGGCCGGGACUCACUUGGAACUGCUGAGCAAAGGAGGAAUUUACUCUGAUCUGAUUCGCAGGCAAAGAGCCGAGGGGAAGAAAUGAACACACGAAAAAAAAAUUGUUUACUGUAGAUCUACACUGAGUAAUGGAAUUUCAUUUUUGAAUGACAUUCAUAGUAAAAGGCUCUCUUGAAGAGAUAAGUUAGGUGAAACAUGUCAUUUAAAUCUACCAGCUCUCUUGUCUAGUUGUACGACAAACUUUUAAAUGUAUGUAAAAGUGGACCAACUGGAUCAUACUGUGAUGAUUUACAAACUACACUACUGUACAGUGUAUACACUUAAAGGGGAUUUCCAUAACAUGGUGUUCUCUUGUCAUGUAUAGAAGAAUCAAUUAUAUUGUGUUAUAAAAAUCAAUAAACUCUGUUUCUACGAGGGUAUACUUUCUUUUUCCUUUUGUAUGGAUCAUAAUACAGAGAACAUCUAUGUCUAGCAGGUCAGAACAAACUAAACACUGAAUAAUAAACCGUAUAUGCUUUGUG